UGUCAGUCGACUACCAAUGUUAUAAAGUGACCAUCMAAGUCAAGUCAGCUUUAUUGCAAAAAAUUCCUUCAUUUAUCAAUUUAUCAUCAGAACAUGCUGUUGUUGCUUCUGGGUGUACUGUAUUUGGGGGAUGGCGCUUCAUCUGAGUGCAAUGCUAACACUGGACCUGCCGGUACUACUGARUGYAUUGCAGCUSYACAGUACUAUGGUGAAUAUCAGUGGGCAACCUGUCUUUCCAAUGAGUACAUUCAACUGAAAAGUAAUCACAKRCACAUCUGUGGUGACAGGUCACGAAAAUAUUGCUAUUAUCAAUGUAUGAUUGAGGUACAUGGUAAAAGUUAUGGAAGGGUCUCCRGCGACUGCUCUUGUARACCAAAUAGUAAACUCUGGUCAAGAUUGCCAUCAGCUUGCCUCAGUCCGUCUGGUAGAUCAUGCAGUUGGUACAGGGAUUGCCUGGAAAAGAAGUACUCUUGUAAGGAUACCACCAAUGCUUACGCUAUUAGAUACGCCGAAAGUUUUUGCRACAUGUAUGGAAGAAAAGAUCUCUUUUUGUCGCCCAAGGGACUGCACUGGACCGGUGCAGUUCGUAAGUGUCUACAAGUUGUUCUGGUGCCACUACUUCGGCCAUGGCGCUCGCCAUCUUGCCAGGAAAUUCGUWAUGAAGCACUUCAGUCGCACUUAAAGUGYUUSACCAACCCCGAUGUAAACAUCACUUCAGUCUGCGACUUGAAAUGUUUUGAGUUCUAUAAGAUCUUUUAUGCCGUAAAAAGAUCCUUUGGGCGACGUCUUGAUACUGCAUGGGGAUCGUUUAAGACUUUAUGGAACAUCCAAGACAGAUGUGGAUUGAAGUGUACUCGAGACUGGUUCAAACAAUCUAAUACUACUGUUAUAAAGAUAGUGAAAGUAUGGAUAGAAAUCAUGCCACAACAAAAGAARCAAUCAAACCCGUACGAUUCUCUUUCAGAAACAGACAGGAAAAAUAGGUUCRUUGACAAGAUCGUUGAAUUCAUGGCCAGCUCCUUAAGAUGGAAUUCAGUAGUCUUGGAUUGGAUGGCUUACCCAGGAAGCACCUCAGCAAGUCUUUACGUGGUUUUAGCCGACAAGAAAGCUUUAGGAAUAGUGCAAACCUCAAUCCCUUCAGUCAAUUUCAACGAAAUCACGGCAGAGCUGGUCGUAGCCAUUAAGAACAGCACAAUCCCUGUGCAAGUUGAUGGAUCCAAUAUUUGGCUGAAGUCAUUAGAAUCCUGCCCUGACAAAGCCUGCAGUCAGCCCCAGUUCCUCGCACAUUCCAAAAGACCUCCAGUAUUUCCUAAUAGCGGUGAAGUACUAUCAGGGAGUGUUUUUUGUGCUAUCAUCACAAGUUUGAUCGUCGUAUUUUGGUAAACAGAGCAAAACAAUUCAUUGUUUGCUUGGUUUAAUUUUUUGUCAUUUUAGUUAAUACUUUUUUAUAUUUCUAAAAUAGAAUCAAUAUGAAUAGAAUAACAGCUUGCCAAAGUGUCACUGGAAAUCCAUUAUGCUAAAUAAAUGUCACUUGAUGUUCUAAUGUAUCAUGCAAAAUACUUCAUUUUCUAAUUCAAAGCGAUUUAUAACUUCUGUUUUAUUUGACAGCAGAUUCUCUUACGCAAAGAACUUACCAAACACAAAAGAAAGCACGAGAAAAUGUUGUAAGUACAAUAGCGCUAUAAACAAUUUACAUUUUACCCGAUUAGAGGCUAAUCCACGUACAGCAGUAUUCGUUCCAAGAAGGCUCAUAUCUUAAAUCUUAUGAAAUACAGGGUUAGUCUCAACUUUGGGGAAAUGUAAAUUUUCAAGGCUAUAGUGCUAACGACAUUUUGUCGUGCUUUCUUCUUUGUUUGGUCAGGUCUUAGCGCAAGAGAGUCUGUUAUCAAAUAAACCAGCGGUUUUGUUUAUUUUCACUUUAUUGUUUUGUAAGAAAUGUUUGGGGGGCUACCAAAAAAUAUUUCACAGUUUGGGUGGGGUACAUUUUAGAGUACUCGUAAAAAACAACAACAGUUUUUUUUGAUAAAGCACAACGUGUGAUGUCAUCAAAUUAUCAUGGAUUUUAAACGCCGAAUUCUUCUCUGAAAAUUGAAGCCUGCAUCCAGUGGUGCUUUGCAAGCUAUUAUUCUUGUUGUUUUAUUGCUUCUAUUUUUCAAAUCAAAAUUCGCUUCAUAAGCACUUUAACUGAGAACCGAGAAAUUUAACUGAUAACUGGAUUUAAUGGGUCACAAGUAAGAGCAUGAUAGUUAAGCGUUUAAAACUUGAAGAAAACAGUAUUGUGUG